UUGUUGACUGACUUGGUGCUGCGGUGCGGUUUUGGCUGCGCGAUUGUUGCUACUGGCAAACCAGCUAGCUACCUUGUCAGAGAUAAAAGGUAUCCAUUUUCCAAGAUGUCAGCAAUGUAACUGUCUUCGUACAGCUAAAACUGCUUGCCCUGAAACCAAAAGGAGUUUACUUGUAAAUGAAUUUCGCAUUUUUGGAGCAAAUGCUAUCGUGGUUUUAGCUAGCAGUAGCUUAAGUUACAAGAUUGACAAACUAGACGGCUGAAGUUCCUCUGGAGUGAGAUGAGCAACGUCAGGCUCAACAGAGACACACAGCAUAGACGGUUUGCCAGCUGAGUGCAACAUGGAUUCAUUAACAUUUGAAGAUGGAUUUCAGCUGUUAAAUAACCUGCCCUUUCGGGUGGUUAUGUGAGUUGUGAUCUUCAGAAACUGGAGCAGCAGUAUCUGGGCGUUGCUGUCAAACUGUCGCUCGUCCUGGCUGCAGCGCUGGCCUAGAAAGCUAGCAGCUAGCUAGCGAGCUAGCUAGCUGGCUGUGCGUCUGGCUCAUCCACCAAAGUUGCCUGUGGUUGAAGGUCUCCCUGCCAACCAUGGACACUGAGACUGAUGCCUGCCCUGCAGUGCACCAAAAUGGGAAUGCCCAUAGGGAAUCACCAGCCAUGAGUCCAGCUGCUGCUGUUCUACGACUUCAUUUCUACCACAGCAGCCAAGGAGAGGGGAACAGCAGCUUCCUCAGCUACCCACCUGGAGAUUAUGUAGCAGAGGAAUUGUGUAUAGAUGCAGCCAAGGCGUGCAGUAUAUCACCUCUGUACUACGGCCUCUUUAGUCUCUUCAGAGAGAGAGACCAUUUGUGGUUUUCACCCAACCACAUCUUCCAGCUUGAUGAUUCAGCUUCAGAAGAUGUGUUUUUCAGAAUAAGAUACUAUUUCCCUGGCUGGUACAGUGGUGGGGCAUCCAGAGCAUAUCGAUAUGGGGUCACCAAGGGGUCAGAAAGCCCUGUCUUUGAUGACUUUGUAAUGUCAUACCUCUUCUGUCAGUGGAGGAAUGACUUUGUAAAUGGUUUGGUGAAGAUCCCAAACUCCCAUGAGACUCAGGAAGAGUGCCUGGGUAUGGCUGUCCUGGACAUGACGAGAACUGCCAAGGAGAAACAAACAUCGCCGCUCGACAUUUAUCACACUAUAAGCUACAAGUCCUUCUUGCCAAAGGAUGUGAGAGCGCAGAUCCAGGACUGCAACUUCCUGACUCGCAAGCGAAUCCGCUUCCGCUUCAAGCGCUUCAUCCAGCAGUUCAGUCAGUGUCGGACCACAGCACGCGACCUCAAGCUCAAGUACCUCAUCUGCAUGGAGUCCCUGGAGAAGGCCUUCUAUACAGAAACCUUUCAGGUCCGGGAACCAUCCAGUGGACAGCUCAUCAUCCUGGUGGCAGCAGGCAGCGGCGUCCAGUGGUGCAGAGAAAAAUUAAAAGAUAAUGGCGAGGAGCUGCAGACCUUAUGUGACUAUCCUGAUGUCACUGACAUCAGCAUCAAACAGGCCAGCAAAGAGGGUGCCACAGAGAGUCGGGUGGUGACAAUCAACAAACAGGAUGGAAAGAAUCUGGAGCUGGAGUUCUCCAGUCUUUCUGAAGCCCUCUCCUUUGUGUCCCUUAUUGAUGGCUACUAUCGUCUAACUACAGACGCACAUCACUACCUUUCUAAAGAAGUUGCUCCUCCUCGGCUUGUGGAGGCCAUCGCUUCACAUUGCCAUGGCCCAAUCUCAAUGGAGUUUGCAAUCAACCGGCUCCAAAAAAGCGGAGACAAGCGAGGAUUGUACAUUUUGAGAUGUAGCCCGAAAGACUUCAACAAAUAUUUCCUAACUUUCCCUGUUCAGGUGUAUGAUACAUUGGAAUACAAGCACUGCCAGAUCACCAGGUCUGAAAGCGGGGAGUUUAACCUCAGUGGAACCAAAAGAAAUUUUAGCAAUCUGCAGCAACUACUCAGCUGUUACCAAAAGGAAACUGUACGCUCUGACAGCGUCAUUUUCCAGUUCAGCAAGUGCUGUCCUCCUAAAUCCAAAGAAAAGUCGUGCCUCCUCGUGUGCAGGAGCAACAAGGGCUCUGAAGUGCCUGCAUCUCCAUCACUGCAUCGACAUAACAUCAGUCAGAUGGUGUUUCACAAGAUCAGAAAGGAAGAUCUGGAAUUUAUGGAGAGUUUAGGCCAAGGGACAUUUACAAAGAUCUUCAAGGGAGUACGUAAAGAGCUGGGCGAUUAUGGACUUGUGCACCAAACAGAAGUAGUCAUGAAAGUCCUGGAUCAAGCCCACAGGAAUUACUCUGAGUCUUUCUUUGAAGCUGCCAGUAUGAUGAGUCAGUUGUCACACAAGCACCUGAUCCUUAACUAUGGCGUGUGCGUCUGCGGAGAAGAGAACAUCAUGGUGCAGGAGCUUGUGAAGUACGGGUCACUGGACACUUACUUGAAGAAAAACAAGAACUCGAUCAACAUCCUAUGGAAGCUAGAGGUGGCCAAGCAGCUGGCCUGGGCCAUGAACUUCCUGGAAGAAAAGCAUCUUGUCCAUGGGAAUGUUUGUGCUAAAAACAUCCUUCUGAUCAGAGAGGAGGACCGACGAUCCGGAAACCCCCCCUUCAUCAAACUAAGUGAUCCUGGCAUCAGCAUCACAGUCCUGCCAAAAGAGAUUCUGGUUGAGAGGAUCCCAUGGGUGCCCCCUGAAUGUAUCGAGGAACCUGUGAACCUGAGCCUAGCUGCAGACAAAUGGAGCUUUGGCACCACACUGUGGGAGAUCUGCAGUGGUGGGGAGAAACCUCUAGCAACACUUGAUAACUCUAAGAAAAUGCUGUUCUAUGAGGACCAUCAUCAGCUUCCUGCUCCAAAGUGGACUGAGCUGGCUAAUCUGAUCACCAGCUGCAUGGACUACGAGCCCACGUUCAGGCCAACUUUUCGUGCCAUUAUCCGUGACCUUCACAGCCUCUUCACACCAGACUAUGAGCUGAUUGUGGACAGUGACAUCCUGCCUAACAGGACAGCGGGCUCAGGCUGGGCAACUGGAGGCAUUGAGAGUCAGGAACCGGCUCAGUUUGAGGAGAGACACCUCAUAUUUUUACAGCAGCUGGGCAAGGGAAACUUCGGCAGUGUGGAGAUGUGUCGAUAUGACCCUCUCCAGGACAACACAGGAGAGGUGGUGGCAGUUAAAAAACUCCAGCACAGCACUGCAGAGCACUUACGGGACUUUGAGAGAGAGAUUGAGAUUCUCAAAUCACUUCAGCACGAGAACAUCGUCAAAUACAAAGGAGUUUGUUACAGUGCAGGGCGACGAAAUCUCCGUCUCAUCAUGGAAUAUCUGCCUUUUGGCAGUCUGCGAGAUUACCUCAUGAAAAACAGGGAGAGGAUUGACCACAGGAAGCUUGUGCAUUACACUUCUCAGAUCUGCAAGGGUAUGGAGUACCUGUCCAGUAAGCGGUAUAUCCAUAGAGACUUGGCAACUCGAAAUAUUCUUGUGGAAAGUGAGCUGAGGGUGAAGAUCGGAGAUUUUGGCCUCACCAAAGUUCUGCCUCAGGACAAAGAGUACUACAUGGUCAAAGAGCCCGGGGAGAGUCCAAUAUUCUGGUACGCCCCUGAGUCGUUGACCGAGAGUAAGUUCUCUGUGGCGUCAGAUGUCUGGAGCUUUGGAGUGGUGCUCUAUGAGCUCUUCACCCACAGUGACAAGAACUGCAGCCCUCCUGCAGUUUUUAUGUCCAUGAUGGGGAACGAUAAGCAGGGGCAGUUAAUCGUGUACCACCUCAUUGAGCUUCUCAGAUCAGGCAGCAGGCUGCCUCAACCCCUGGGAUGUCCCACAGAGAUACAUGAAAUCAUGCAGGAGUGCUGGAACAUCGACCCUAGCUUGCGUCCUUCUUUUAAGGAGCUUGCUCUGGGCAUCGACUUGUUCAGGGACAGUAAAGAGUUUUAGACAGAAAAUCACCCAAAGUGCCCCGCCCUCCUCCAACCGAGUCGCUCUUAACAUUGUCGUCAUGUUUGUGACAAAGGGACAAAGGCCAAAAUGAGUUUCUUCUUCUGCUCAGUGCAAGCAUGUGACACAGCAGCUUGUGAAUGAAAGAGUGAUGGUUCAAAACUAGGACCAGAUGGAAAAACUACUGCCGAGGUGCCUUUAAGCGAGGCAUUUACGCACCAUUUCUGUACUGGAGCUGCUAAUUCCCUCACAGCAGAACAGAAAUGAGAGCUUGGAUGGAAGGAACUGUUGACUGUAGAUUUUGCUGAGGAAAAUCUGUUAAACAUACUGGAUUAAGUUUAAAAAAAGAAAAAAGUUUAUGGAGACUGUGAGGACAAUAUUGCCAGGUCUGAAGCUAGACACUUCUGUUAAAGAAGUCUUGUGUUAUUAAGUGUAUGUGUGUGUUUAGUGAGAGAGAAGUGAGGGUGUGUGGGUGUGUGUGUCUAAAACAAAAACAAAGAAAAAACAGCUAGCAGGGCUAGCUCUCACCAUCCCUUUCCCCUCACAUGAAGAGAAAUGGACUAAUAUUGUUUAGUGUUUUUUAUGUAUGUGUGUAUAUACAAACAGUAUAUUUGUGUACAUAUGUCCAGAAAAAUUUUGUAAUUUUAUAAAAUGAAAAUGCAGUGAAAUACUUAAUUUGAACUGCCAGCAAAAUGUCAGUGUUAACGAAGUUCAAACAGAGGUGAUUUAAAGAUCUGUUAUUUUAUGUUUUCAUUGUGCCAGGUGUCAUCAACAUUAAAAUUGUUUAAUUCCACAA